CAUAUUGGAAAUAUCUUCAAUAUCAUACUCGUAGACACGCUCUGCGUCUUAGUACUGUACUAAGUACAGUAAUAAUUGCAGCGAAGGGAAAGGCUUGUCAUUUCACAUUAUGAACGAGUGGAAUCCAGUGGCAAAGGUAUAUAUACCUUUAAAAGCAGGCAGCAUUGAUGGCACUGACACUGAGCCUCAUGACCGUGCUGUUUGGAGGGCCAUGGUGGCUCGUUAUAUACCCAACAAAGGAGUUACUGGAGACCCACACCUUACUCUUUUUGUUGCCCGCCUUCAUCAGCAAACAACCGAGGAAAAGCUGCGAGAGGUUUUUUCGAAGUAUGGUGACAUUCGGAGACUGCGACUUGUGAGGGAUGUUGUAACUGGUUUCUCCAAGGGUUAUGCUUUCAUCGAGUAUAAGGAAGAGCGCUCUGUGACAAGAGCACGUCGGGAAGCCAACAAAUUGGUGGUGGACCAGCAAGAACUCUUUGUGGACUUUGAGCAGGAGCGGACCUUGGAAGGCUGGAUACCACGGCGCAAAGGUGGAGGACUAGGAGGAAAGAAGGAGUCAGGCCAGCUGAGAUUUGGUGGGAGAGACAGACCUUUCAGAAAGCCAAUCAAUCUCCCUUCUGUGAAAGAUGACUGGGGGAUGCAUCCAAAAAGGUCAAGAGAUCACAGGUGGGAGAGGGAGGAAAAAUGUAGUGACAGAGAUCUCUCACCUACCAGAGACAGGCAUUAUGAACAGGAUCGAGAGAAAAGAGAGUGUGAGAAAGGGAGAUAUAUGAAGGAUUUACAAUAUCAGAAAAAAAGAAAAGAUGCCAGGUAGAAGAAUCGACAAAGACGUGGAGGGAUUUACAGGGACUGAGAAAAGGAUGACAGAGGAUGCCGAGAUCAGGGGAAGCACAUGGACACUGUACUAUCCUGUUUGUUUGACUGUUGAAUGGCUGUUUGAUUUAAAAAUGGCUAACAUUUUCUUUUAUUUUUUUAUUUUCAUAUUAAAUUACUCAAUAUAUUCUGAGUUUGAAAGACCGUCUUUCAAGGUAUAAAAUUUUUGUUUGUGUUGGGAAAUAAAUAU